CAUAUUAACCCUCUCAAGGCAGGCGUUGCUGAUUUGCAACAGUUAAAAACUAAUUACCUUAUUACUCCAGAUACAUAUUUUAUGAGUUUUUUUUACUCAGAAGUACCACUGCAGGACUUGGUUGUCCAUUAGCAACAAACAGUUUCCCACUUUGCCACCAGAUGGCAGUGUAGUCUCCCUUCCAACAUGUCUGUUUCCAUGGGUUCCCUGAAGCGGAUUUUCUUGGCAUCAAUUUCGUGAUUUGCAGUGUGUUAUGGCAGGCAGACGAAAGUUUUACUCAGCCAGGGAAGUUAUUGAGUAUGUUUGCCUUCCUGAUGGUGCUUUAUCUGACACAGAAUCCAUUCCAGACGAUAAUAUUGCUGAUCCAGAUUUUGAGGAAUCUCCUGAAGCAUACGAGUCUGACUCCAGCUUUGAUGAUGAUAAGCCACUGGCAGCAAUACCAAAAGCUAAUCUCAACCACCUUGAUGUUGAAAUUCAUAACAUACAUGCAGACAGUGACACUGAGGUCCCAGAUGACAAUGAACCUCAGCCAGGCCCAGCUCCAGUCAACAAAGAGUUUUCUUGGAGGCAGAGGAAACCCCCAGCAGCUGACAUAGACUCUUCAUUCCGAGGACCUGCAUUCUCACCUCCCCCAGACGAAAUACCAAGUCCAAAGUGGUAUUUUGAUCAGUUCAUGGACAAAUCUGUUUUUGAACAUAUUUCUAACCAAUCUAACUUGUAUGCAGUUAUGAAGAAUGGCCCAGAACUGAAAACAACCCCUUCUGAAAUAGAGCAAUUCAUUGGUUUACACAUCUUGAUGACCGUAGUACGUAUGCCAUCGUACCGCAUGUACUGGCAGACGGCAACCCGCUAUGACCCAAUUGCGACAGUCAUGGGACGUAAGCGAUUUGAUAAUCUGCGUACAUACAUCCACAUGAACGACAAUACCAAUGUGAAGCAAAAGGGUGAGCCUGGAUACGAUCCAUUAUUCAAGGUGCGUCCAGUUCUUGAGAAAGUCCGUGCCAACUGUUUGAAGGUUGAACCAGAAGAAAACCACUCCAUUGAUGAGCAGAUGAUCCCCUUCAAAGGAAAGAUUGGAAUGAAACAGUAUAUCAAGAACAAGCCGCAUAAAUGGGGAAUCAAGGUCUUUACUCGUGCAGGUGUCACUGGACUAGUCUAUGACUUUGAAGUAUACACUGGAAAAGGGACCGUGACCAAUGAGCGUGGACUUGGUGUUGCCGGUGAAGUUGUGCUUCGUCUCGUAUCAGAAGUUCCAAAAGGACUAAACUACAAGUGCUUCUUCGACAACUGGUUCACUUCCCCUGAACUCAUUGUGGAACUGAAGAAAAUGGGAAUUCUAACAGUUGCUACCAUCAAUCGUAACCGUCUCCGUGGAUGUACCCUCAAGAGUGACAAGGAACUCUCAAAGGCCGGGCGUGGUGCGUAUGAAGUGAAAUACGAAAAGACAAGUGGGAUGUCCAUCGUGAAGUGGUAUGAUAACAAGGCAGUGUUGCUGGCAUCAUCCUUCAUUGGCCCUGAACCUGUUGAGAGAUGCAGAAGGUGGUCGAAAGAGAAGAAGGAAUAUGUGGAAGUGGACAGACCCCACAUUGUCAUGGUGUACAACCACAACAUGGGAGGAGUAGACUUAGCAGACAUGUUUGCAGCUCUCUAUCGCAUUGACAUCCGCCCACGUCGUUGGUAUCUGCGCAUCUUGUACUACUUGAUUGACCUAUCACUGGUCAAUGGUUGGCUCCUCUAUCGCCGUCAUCUCACCCAGAAGCAGGAGAAGAAGUAUAUGCCACUUCUUGACUUCCGUGUUCAAGUUGCAGAUGCCCUCAUCAAGGUUGGCAAACAGGCUGACUUGAUCAGUAGGAAAAGAGGACGACCGUCAUUGGAAGAUGAUCCAACGUCCCAUCAAGCUGCCCCACCUCCACCUCCACUUCAGAGGAUCUCUGCACCAUCAGUUGAUGUCAGAUUAGACCGAUGCGAUCAUUUCCCCAUCCAUGCUGAGAAACGUGGACGAUGCAGACUGUGCAAGAAUGGCUACACGCAAAUGGCCUGCCUGAAGUGCAAAGUACUUCUGUGCUUUACAAAAGACAAAAACUGUUUCUUGGAGUACCACAUGAGAAAGUGACUUGGAAACAUGCACUCAAUGAGGAUUUGAGAUAUUGGAUUUGGAUCCCAUAUUGUUUUUGUUGUUGUUCUGCCACUGAAAAGCAAUUUGUUACAUUGUUUGAAAAGUUGUAUAUAAAAAGUUAUUGUUCAUAUCACAGUCAGUCGUCAGUGUCUAAUUACCACACUGGGCCAAUGUUGCAAAUCUGCAACAUCCCAGAACGCCUUGCAUGUGAAGGUCUCUCUAAAAAAAAAGUCAGGAUUCUAUUGUACUACCCCAUAUGAUAAUUUUCCACAAAUAUCAGAUUUUUCCUGUUACUAAAACUUAAUUUGAGCCUGAGAGGGUUAA